CCCACAUGUCUGGGCCAUUGGUUCAAACUCUACAGAUCCUGAGCCUCAGCCGCCACAGGCCCCUGAGCCUUUUCCAGGCAUCUGAUCCAAUCCACCUCCAGAGGCAGACCCUGCUCUUGUGGGUCUUCAGCAAAGACCACUGCCAUGCUUGCGACCAGUACAGCCACCACAUCCACCAAGGCCUUCACGUUCUCGCCCUCAGACUUUUGCUCCUGGACCUUCAUGAGGUACUUCCUCCGCCUCCUGCAGCUGCUCUCCACCUGUGUGGCCUUCUCCCUGGUGGCCAGCAUGGGCACUUGGAUGGGGGCCGUAAGUAACUGGUCCAUGUUCAUCUGGUGCUUCUGCUCCACCAUGACCAUCUUCAUCCUCAUAGUUGAAUUAUGUGGGCUCCAGUCUCACUUCCCCUUCUCCUGGUUCAACUUUCUCAUCAUCUACACCUGCUAUGCUGCCCUCUUCUGCAUCUCGGCCUCCAUCAUUUACCUCACCUCUUACAUCUGGUUCUUCCCUCCUGGCCGCUCCCAGGAUCAUGCUAUUGCAGCCACUGCAUUCUCCUGCAUCGCUUCACUGGCUUAUGCCAUGGAAGUGGCCUGGGCCUGGACCUGGAUCUGGCUGGGUUUAAUCACCGGCUACAUGGCCACGGUGCCAGGCCUGUUCAAGGGGCUGGAGAUUUUCAUGGCCUGUGUCAUCUUCGCCUUCAUCAGCAGCCCCCUCCUGUACCAGCACCAGCCGGCCCUGGUGUGGUGCGUGGCCGUGUAUGCCAUCUGUUUCCUUCUGGCUGUCACGGCCCUCCUGCUGAACUGGUGUAACUGGGACAACAGCCUGCCGAUCCCCUUCCCCAUUUUCCAGCUGGGGCUCACCCUGCUCUCCGUCCUCCUCUACACCAGCGCACUGGUGCUCUGGCCUCUCUACCAGUUUGAUGAGAAGGUGGACAGCCAGCCCCAGAAGUCUAGGGAUAUGAGCUGCAGUGAAGGGCUCACCUACUACUUGUGCACCUGGGACCAAAGACUGGCUGUGGCCAUCCUGACAGCCACCAACCUGCUGCUCUAUGUGGUUGACCUGGUGUCCUUGACCUGCAUGGUUUUUGGAGGAACUAAAGAUCAGCCCAGGGGCUCCUGAUUCUCUCUUCUUUCCAAGUUCUGAUGUCCUGGACCCCUUGUUAGUGAACUCAUGUUUGGCUGCCUAGUGCACAAGAAUCCAGUGCUAAAAGACAAGUCUGGGUUAAAAAUAAAGUUUUAUAUUGAGGAAGCUGCUAAUCCUGGGGAGAAAGUGGACUCAUCUCCAGAAGAAACCACUUUCAACUCCUCAGUUUAUGUAGGGAAAAGAGGAAGUGUAUGUGCUGGGGAGGGGGCAGUUUCUAUUUUCUGAUGAUAUCUUGAUCUCAUGGUUCCAAGCUGCUGGCAGGUCUAGCUUGUGGUUGGAACAUUGUCUGAGCCAUAAACCUCUAGGCAGCCAGUCCUUCUGAUUCCAACCAGUCUGGGGUCUAUGUGCUCGUGGGCAGCAUACAGUUAAUUUCUUCCUUCUGGUGGGAGUUUCAGAAUCUGCAAAAUAGCUCAAAGGGCUUGGUCAGCAUAUUAUCUAUAGCCCUUGAGAUCCUUGACUUUGUUUAAUGGCUGAACUAUUGUUUUAUCUUGUUUUACUAUUUUUC